AUGGGUCAAAAUGAGAACAAGAUGGUGGAUUACAGGACACAAAAGGCAAUCACGACUUAUUUUUGUUCUUUUUCAGUUGAAGAGGGUGAAUCUUCAGAUUUUGCUUUGACCUGGGACUCAUCAGUGACUCAAUCAGGUGGCCUGGGAGGAGAGCUGGAGAGCGAAGCGAAGGACAGCCGGGCCCUAGAAGAGAGGAACAGUGUGACGAGCCAGGAAGAGAGAAAUGAGGAAGAUGAAGACAUGGAGGAUGAGUCAAUUUACACCUGCGAUAACUGUCAGCAGGACUUCGAUUCACUGGCAGACCUGACUGAACACAGGGCACACAACUGUCCUGGAGGUUGUCUGUUUCAAACAGCAGCAGAGCUAUAUAUGGAUAUUGCCAGCUUGGAAGCGGCUGAUUUUUCUAAACUACUGUACGCGUUGCUCACCCGGCAGACCAGCGGGCCGUCCGGCAGGCGAAGGCUGGCUUUGGGAGCGCUUGCUGGAGCAUCUCCGUGUGGCCUCUGGGUCUGGGAGCCCAGGGCUCAGCCUACCCCAAGCGCGGACUCGAGGGAGGGCAGCGUGCUGCCCCUGGGGCUGGCCGACAGCACGUGCCCCCCCAGCACAGCAGCCCCUUGCCAGCAGGAUGGAUCCGCCAAG